CAUGCGGUAUGGUAGAUGGCUAGCUGGAAGGCGUUGUCAUGCCCCACCGCUCUCCAUUCCCGUCUCAGCUAUGAGCUGGGUAGGCCACAUAGAGCCAGGCGAGCGAGACGCAUGCCACGCACACAGGCCCCGCAGAGGGUUGUCGUGUCAUGGCCACCGGCAGACCUUCACGUCCAGUCAUUUGAACAAGGAGUCCGAGUUUUGCCCACGACCAGGUUUCUCCGGGAGCAGGGCGGGGCCUCGCACCGUAUGAGUGUCAAUCACGAGCGGCUGCUCCAUUUGGAACCUCGAGGGCCUCGUCCUCCAACAAGCCACCAUGGGCCAUGGCAGGGUGGAAUCUUGGCGGUGGCGAAAAGAAAUCCUGAUGUCGGAAGACCUUGUACCCCUCUCCAUCCCCUCGUGUCUGAUAAUCGCAGGUACCGCCUGCUGGUAAAACCCGCCUGGAGAUCUCGUACAUUUUUUGUAACGCUCAUACCUGCCUCAAAUCACCUCCCCUGGCCAUGCAUUUCCCUCCUUCCUCCUCGUAGACAAAUACAAUAUGUACUUGCUCCUCUCGGAUUGAGAUGGAUUCUGAAGUACUGCUUUAAACAAUACUACAAACACAUGGCGAACAGAUCUGUGCUGCUCACCCAACUAUCUUUGAUUAAGACCCCAUUCACCCAUUCGUCAUGUGGUUUAUUAGCCUCCCUCCUCCUGCCUCUUGUUCGCCAAUCCUUUGGUCGUAUUCAUCCUUUCUUCUUUUCGCUCUCUUGUGGAUACUGCACGUCAGGUUCAGUUGCAGAAAUAGUUGGAGCUGCUGCAGGUGGCUUUGCAUUGUUGGUUAUUGUUGUUGGGCUUUUGUUCUUCUACAUAUUUUACUGGGGGAGGACCGAGGCGAAUAGAAGUUCUGAGACUGGUUCUUCAGACCCAUCUAAUCUUGUGGAAUGUAGGAGAGAUAGGAGAUCAUUCGUCGAUUACAGUCUUGCAAAUGAGCAUCAUGUUGCUAGGCGAUUCACACUAGAAGAGUUGGAAGAAGCUACUAAGAACUUUAGUCAAAGCAAUCUUGUUGGCACUGGUAGCUUCGGUUUAGUAUACAAGGGUCUGCUUCUUGAUGGUACAAUUGUAGCAAUUAAGAGGCAUGCACAUGUUCCAAGGCUGGCAUUUGUUGAAGAGGUUAAAAAAUUAUCAAAAAUCAGACACCGCAAUCUAGUUACUCUUAUCGGUUAUUGCCAGGAAGGUGGUUUGCAAAUGUUAGUUUAUGAGUAUUUGCCAAAUGGAAGCAUCUCUCAGCACUUAUAUUAUAAUGAACACCAUUCACUAACAAAUCUUGAAUUUAAACAAAGGCUCACAGUGGCUAUUGGAGCUGCCAAAGGAUUAACCCAUCUGCACAGUCUUGCACCUCCUUUGGUACAUAAAAACUUCAAAACAAGCAACAUCUUGGUCGACGAGAAUUUCAUUGCAAAGGUAGCUGAUGCAGGCAUUCUCAAAUUACUACAAGGAAGUGAGGAAGUUCAACAUCAGGGAAGUAAAAAUGCCUUCCAAGAUCCUGUUGCUAGAGAGUUGGGAAGAUUUUCUGAAGCCAGUGAUGUUUAUAGCUUUGGAGUAUUCCUUCUAGAGCUCAUAAGCGGAAUUGACAUCGAACACUGCAUCUCUCCAGAUUCAUACAAUAUUUUAGCUCAUUGGGUGGAAGCUCAUGUUAGUUCAAAUGAUCUCAUCGAUCGUCGGCUCGGUAAUGGUUUUACCUCCCAAGGUAUGAAAGAGCUAAUUGCACUAACUCUUCAGUGUUUGAAUCCAUCCGGUCAAAACCGCCCGUGGAUGAGCUCAAUUGUCACCGUGCUCGAUAGGAUUCUCGAGACUGAGAUGACACUGACAACAAUCAUGGGCGAUGGCACUGCCAUUGUUACCCUCGGUAGCCAGUUAUUUACUUGAGCUUGAAGAACAAACAAUCAGUUAUUUGAUCAAGCUGCCGAGAAUCAAUCUCUUCAGCGAAAUGCAAUGCACAAAAGAUCUCUGUCCCAAGCAGUAGUUCUUGCUGUCUGUGUAUCCGAACUGUGUUUGUCUCUCUGACAGCCAUGGCAACAUUGAUCUGUCUCAAAACUAAAAAAUUCACCAUUCUUGUAUGGAUUUAUUUAUUGUUCAAAAAUAUUAUGAUUCAUUCAUCUGUAAAAUAAUUCAGCCUCUUAACGUGCCUGCUAUUGUAGAAUUUUGACUUCCUUAUGCAAUUUUUUUGUUAGUUUAUUAUUAUUA